GUAUACAUAAUGGCGUCCCACCCACCUGCUUCUUGCCUCCGUGCCCUCUUGAACGGUUCCGGCGCUGCUUGUCGUUGAUCCUGCUCGAGUCUCUCCUUGAUACCACGAGUUGCUUUUGCUGUUGCUGCGGUACCACGAUCCGCCCUAUCGGCUUCAUAUGCGGACCAUGACGGUGUCAACAUAGCCAGAAGCCGCCGCCUCGUUUUGCCGCACACACUCUGCUCAUCAACUUGCAUGCCGACGACCCUGCUCAAGACAUCCGAGCAGAACCCACGUCUUCCCCGCGUCCGAGCAACCACGAUUCUUGGACUUCAGCGGGACUGAGGGCAUCCUUUUAGAGGCACUGGGUGGCAUAUCCCCUUUGCAAGCUCAAACGCCCCCCCCUUCACGAGAAGACCGUCAUCUUCCUUCGAACAUCCGCUCGACGACUCUUCGCCCUAACGGAUCACCGCCAACGUUGUACAGCGAUAUAUCGAUUCACUAUCCGGCCUAGACAGGGAAAGGUGGACGACUGAGUGCCCGUUGCUAUUUUAGUGACGAUUGAGUAACUGUGGAUCUCUUGACCAACACAGUCGACGACGACCCAGCCUGCUUCCAAGGCACCUGCAAGUAUGGCCAACGCAAGCCUAGCCAGGGGAAACUGCCCUGCACCGUUCUUAGCAAUGAGCUUCUUUCCCGACGACGAAGGAUUUAUCGAAGGCCGGCUUUGCCAAAAUCUCUCUGCGACCUUGCAAUGUUGCUUGCCCUGCCCUCUCACCGACUGGGUUUACCCCGACUACUUCAACACGCUGACGACGGCCGCCAACUGGGUCUGCGUCGCCAGCGCCGCCUGCUGUCUCUUCCUCUUAGUCUCAUGGGCUGUCUUGCCCGUUGAUAAGACGUACAGACACUACUUGAGUAUCUGCUUGACAAUAGCAGUGCUCAUCAUGAAUCUUGGCUUCGUGGUUCCCCUCGCCGACCAGCCAGAACAAUGUUACAAUGCAAUUACGCCGCACAGCAUGAAGUCGAGUAAGGUCUGUGGCGCAUCUGGUGCAUUCCUCCUUCUCGGAGGCUGGGCCGGUGUCAUGUGGGUCUUCCUGCGAUCGUUGUCCUUGCAUCUCCAGAUCUGCUGGCAAGUUGUCGUGGGUCGAAACUUCAUGAUCUUCGCACAAGCCACAGGAUGGGGUAUCCCCCUCAUUGGCAUUGUCGUUGCCCUCGUCUUCAGCGGCGUGUCGUUCCGCUUCGGUGCCACCUGUCACAUCAACCACAAGAACAGUCUGGCAGACUUCUGGAUCCCUCUUCUAGUCUUCGCUGGUCUCACAGUCAUCAUCCAGUUCGCUACAUUCGGGUAUUGCAUCAAAGUUUACCUAGCCUCUCUAGCCGAUAACAGUGCUUCGACUGAGGGAUCAAGCUUGCCGACAUACUCCAACAGCGUUCAGACCAUGAGCCCCCGUCAGGCGUAUCGACGAGUGCGACGCGUCAUCCAACUCCAAUGGAGAGGCAUCGCUAUUGUCCUCAUCAUCAUUGCCGAUGUUAUUUUCUUUUCCGUCGUGUUUGUUUUCCAAGACAACACGGUCCAGGCGGUGCACGACGACCAAAGUUUUGCUCGGGACUGGGUCACGUGUCUCGUUCGCGAAGAGGGUGACCGAACCAAGUGCUACGACGAGUCCAAGUCGCUGGUUGUCAACGAGGCAACCAUCACGGCCGUCUUGAUUCUCCUUGCGAUGAACGGCAUCUGGCUGCUUUUCCUACUGGGCCGCUGGGCCAUGGUCCUCGGCUGGGUGGACCUGUUCUCCUCCUGUCGAGGUAGAAGCAAGAAGGAAUUCGUGUCGGUAGAUGCCCGAUACGACGUUAAGAAAGAUACCCUCAAAUCACCCGUUGUGAGUCCCAACAGCGGACGAAGAACCCCCGAUUACUUUGGGCAGACGGCCCGCUACCAGCCGCCGACGCGAUCCUUCUCGAGCCCUCGGCCGCCGCAAACACCACCAACCUGGGACGCACGAGCGACCUAUGCACGGCCCGAGUCGCGAGCCCGAGGAGACGGCUUCGAAGACAUGAACCCGCUUGGGAUGAACAGGAUAUAAUGAGACGACACAGUCGAUGACGAUGGAACGAACGAAAAGCAGAAAAAAAGUACAUAAAGAUUAAACGAAGAUGAAGAGAAAAGAAGAUCAGACGGAGGUCACCCCGCCUUUCAACAAGCCUCAACUUCAAACACAUUUCCCACGCCCCAGCUCUCAAGCGCAGGCGGCAUGUUCGGUCGAAUUAUUCGGAUCGACCGUGUUAAUGAUCAGACAUCAACCCGAAUCAAAUGAUGAUGUAAUCCGAAGAAGCCACCGGGCUGGCCGGCCAUGUCAAUAUGCCAAAAAACCACAAUGUAAUAUCAGCGUCGGCGUCUCGGACUUAUUUAAGCCGCGAAGGAAUGCGAACGUUUUUUUUGAACCCCACAGUUUAAAGGUUAAAAAAAGGAUGUGAGAAGGGAUGUUGGUGGCAGGAGUGUCUCACUCGACAUCAGUCUCGGCGCAAUGGGACGGGAAGUGCGGAAGGAAUCAUGACGGACGGAUAUGUAGAAGCAGUCGAGAGUCCGAGAAAUGGAAG